CUCUUCUUUUUGUUUGUAGGUUAUGUUUUAUUGUAAUUGUCAAAAUUUAUGUUAAUUAUUUUCAUUUCGUGGAAUAGAAGCAGAUAAUUAUGAGGCGGACAUGAAGUUAAACAUUGUGAAUAACAUUGCAAGUAAGGAUAUUGCCUACUAUUUGUCCUGUUAAUGGCUAUUUAAUCUCCAAGUGUUUGUUACUUGACAUUGAGUGGAGAUGUGAACAGGAAAGUAAAAUACGCACUUCUCGUUAGAACAAUCGUAUUUACGUGAAUUGGACCACUAGGACGAACAGUGGUUGGUGGUUUCAGUGAUUAACAGUUUCUGGUUAAAUUGCCAAAUAUUUCACGUAAUCAACAUGACGGCGAGCCAGACUACUGUAGUGAAACUAUACAAUACAGUGGUAGACGAUGUUAUAGCCGGAGUUCGCGACUGUUUCUUAGACGAUGGAGUGGACGAGCAGGUCCUGCAAGAAUUGAAACAAUUAUGGAAAACUAAACUGAAAGCUAGUGGCGCUAUGGACCCGCCGGCCCCCGAGGUUUCUAUGCCACCACCACCUGCUGUUUUGCAAAACUUCCAAAAGAUGAAUGGUAACACUUUUAUUUUACCAAAAAGGUCUGUUGAUAAUACUAUGGCACAAAGCUCAAGUCACCAAAAUACUAGUGUCGAACAUGGUGCUCCAUCUUCAAAUAUAGCAGGGGCACAUCCACAUCAUGUACUUGACCCAAAUAAUAAGGUUCCCGUCCAGUUGACAUUGCCUGCACAACCAGGUGUACCUGGCUCACAGCCUCGCUCGUUCACCAUUCAAAUUCCAGCAUCUGCAUUAAAUGGUAAUAAACUACACCAAGUGCUCACUGGACCAAUCAUCAAUGCAACAAUAAGUUUGCCACAACCACUAGCAGCUACUCUACUCCAGCAGCACAUUAACUCUGCACUAGCAAGUCAGCAGAAUGAAUUUGAUGGUGGUGGCGGAGGUCGUAGUGGUGCUGCACCAUUCUCUUUGGAUGGUGCAUUAGAUUCAUCUGAUGAUGAAGGCUCAAAUAUGGGUGAUGCAUCAGACGAUGGUGCUGAUGACGAUGAUGAGAAUGAGGAGUCUGCUGAGGAACGUGCAGAGGAAGAAGAAGAGGAACGAGAUGAAAUCGGUGGUGCCGAGGAGGAGCCCUUAAACUCUGGGGAUGAUGUUUCUGAUGAAGAACCUGGUGAUAUGUUUGACACUGAUAAUGUUGUGGUUUGCCAAUAUGAUAAGAUCACUCGCAGUCGUAAUAAAUGGAAGUUUUACUUAAAAGAUGGAAUAAUGAAUCUGGCUGGAAAGGACUUUGUCUUCCAGAAAGCCAAUGGCGAUGCGGAAUGGUGAAAUAUUUUUCCUAAUAAAUAAUAGACAUGUGUGUAUUUUGAGUAAUGGUGUUACUUGUUAUGUCUAUUGCUGAAUGUAUUUGAUUAACAAAAGAGAAAAAACAUAUGGGAAGAAUGUUGUAUCAAAAUCUUAAGUAUACUUGACAUCAUUGACUUUAACCUAAUUUAGGACUAAAUAGGAUAGAGUUUAUAAAUUGUUUAGCAAUUUAAUCUCAUAGUUUUGUCAUUAUUUGUACUGGCGGAUGAAAUUUCACUUGGUACGAACUGAUUUAAACAAAAAUAAUAAUAAAAAAAUGUUAAGUUGCAAUAAAGAAAGGCAAUGGUGUGAAAAUAGAUUUUUGAUCCUUAAUUUGUUUGAAAUAUUGAGAAAAAAAUUUCUUGCAAAUGUAACCCAUUUUCUUUUUGUAUAUAAUAAUUUAAAUUGCAUUAAAUGCUUUUCAUUUAUAUGUGCUGUUUUAGUAGAAUGUGAUUAGAUUGAUUAGUCUUUUACUCUUUGUUGGCACUAAGAUUAUCUGGUUAAAGUCAUUGUCCUAUGUUGCAUACACACAUUCACAUCUUUAUCUCUUACUAAUUAAGUAACUUCCAGAUUGAUGGCUUGUAUGUUUCACAUAUAAAAUUUUAGGAAGACCAAAAAUGGUGAUGGUAGUACAGAUAGGUAGUGUUUUUCAACUAGUAUGUAAUUUAAUAUCAAAAGAUAAAGCUGCAUAUUGUCUCUUUUUUCUGAUUGUACCAUGUUUCCUGUUAACUUAACCAAAAACUUGGAGCUUAAAUCCAGUAGGAACAGCUAGUAAAAAACACAAAUCGAUUUAUGUUUCUACCUCCAAUUUACAUUGGAAAAUAUUGACUGAUAAAUUUAAAACACAACGUCUUAACACAUUAUCAAUUUAAUUUUUUAUCAAAAUUUGAUUUAAGCUUUCUUGGGUAAAAACUAUAUCUCACUAUCUCUCGGCAGCCUCAGCAAAGUAUUCUUAACAGGUUGUUAGGAAAUCUGGAUCCUGAUACCCUGAUUGAUAAUAUUCUUUAAAAGAUUGUAUUUAAAUUUAUUGGACCUAAAAUCGCUACAGGAAAUUUAACUACCAGAAAUACCAUAAUAUUUUUAAUUACAUAUAUAAUUUUGGUUAUAGUUUGUUUUGUAUAUUAAUAUUAAUACUUUAUAUUUGUUUGAUUUUCUGUACUUAUUAUAAUUCUAAAUAGGUUCAUAUUAGAACAAUAUCUGAACUUUACCUCAAUUUUCAACUUAAACACACAGCAUAUAAUAUAUUGGCAGCCCAUCAUAUGAUUAUUGCAUUAUUAAUCUAAUUUGUAUCAUUUGUGGUACUUACAUUGCAUACCAAUUAUAUUUUGUGCCAUAACAAAUCUGAAUUGUUUGGAAAUUUAUAAACAUACUUAAGAAUGAACAUAUAAAACAUACAUUUAUUAUUUUUUUCUGUCUUGUAUGACAAAUUCUGUCUGAUAAUUCUAUAAACCUUUUUUUGACCUUAUCAACUUUCAACAGUAGACUUAUCUUUUCCAAAAAAUUGUAUAAACAAAUUAAUAUCAUCUUGUCUUAGCAAUGUAAAAUUAGUACAAAAUAUGUACAAUCUAUAAACUUUUUAUUGUUCCUUUAUAAAACCAAUUAAUCUUAAACGAAGCUUUGUCCAAAUGUGUUUUGUGAAGUAAAUAUUUUUGCAGAUAUAAAUUAAAAGUAUACUAGGUAUUUUCAUACAAGUGCCUGAAAAUACUUUAUUGACUAUUUGCUUUUAUGUACUGGUACUUUAAAAUCAUAAUAAUGGUUUAUAAAUCCUUUUUGAAUUAUUAACAUGUCUAUCUUGAAGGCCAAUUAUAUGAAAAUUGAAGAAUCUGUAAUAAAUACAUAAUAAUAGUUAUGACUAAAAAAUACUAAUCAUACAUUCAAAUUAUUUAUUUUAAAUUAUCUUCAUAUUGAAAAGUCGAGAUAAAAACAAAAACAGAUUUCAAUCUGGUUUGUUACUAGUGAAUACAGGCAACGGCACUGUGUGUCUGUCUGAAAGUGAGAACAAUAUUAGCAUUUGCCUUAUAAAUUUGGUACAGUUAAGUUAUGAGUGUAAAAAAUAAAUGUUUUUUGUGCUAUAUGUCUUAGUGGCCAAUUUGCAACUGACCUUUAUAUAUUUAGUGUAAAGCAUUUUCAGCUCUGUUGUCAAAAAUAAUUAUAUGCAUACAUAAUACUUUUCCUUUGGGUUUCAAAAAAGUAGUUAUUUAUGGAAGUUAAACACUUUGAUCAUACAAAAAAAAAUUUGACAUAUACAUACUGCUGAUUCUAUGGAUUACCUUUGAAUGAAUGAAAUUAUAUGCUUAUGAAUGAAUAAGAUUAAUGAGUGAUACAACAUAACUUUUAAAAAAUGUGGGGAAGAUUUUUCUGGUGCAACAUUUUUUCAAUGCGGUAAUGCAUUAUAUGAAUGACUAUUGCCAAAGACCCAAUAAGGCAAUACAAAUCGAUAGGUACAUCAUCUCUUGAGGUUAUUUUAUAUUGUGAUAUAAUGUUAUUAAUUUAGGUUGAAAAUUAGUAAAAGUUUAAUGCUUAAUCUAAAUUAGAGUUGAGAGGGGAGCCAAACAAUUUGUCUUUAUAGGUUUUUCUCAAAUAAUGUAAGUUACUCAGUAUCAUUGGUUUUAUUCCUGUAUGCGUUUAAAACAUUGACAAACAUGGUAAAUAUAAAUAAAUAUGUUGCAUUACAAA